AUGCAACCGCCUUACGUUCGAGAACGACUAGACUCGCUGGUACAAAUUGAUGAACAACUUUGUUCGUUAUUACAGACUGCAUCUCAGGUCGUUUUCACCUAUGGAGAGCUUAAGCAUGGUAAUCAUGAUUUGAAACCGCAAUUCGAGCAGCAUACGAGGGAAUUCUACACUACUUUAGAGUCUUCCACUAAUCAAUUGAAGCAAGAGAUUAAACUGCUGGAUGAGAACGUUGGUACCAGGUUGCUGCCUAUCAAUGUGAAUAAGAAAGCUCUCGGUCAAGACGACGACAAAUUGAAAGAACAGACAGAGCUUCUAAAGCAACUGCUUGAUAAACCUCCAUCUAAUUAG